AGUGCGCGCGCGCUCGAACUCGUGUUUGGGAUUCAGCCUUUAGCUCUCACGUGGUAACAAAGAUCGUUGUCAUAGCAACCACACGCUUUAAGCACGCUGAAGGAUCUGGUGAGAGUUCUCCUGCGGUCCUUCAUCACCAUCAUGCCGCUUCUGAUCAGAGAUCACACCUGGAGCCAGACGGAGAGCGCGGUGAUCCUCCGCGUGCCGCUCAGAGCCGUGACACCGGGGAAAGUGGACGUGAUCUGCACGGAGGAGUACCUGAAAGUCAGUUUCACGCCCUUUCUGUUCGAGGCCUUCUUCUUCGAGCCGAUAGAUGAAGAGAAGAGUGUGGCGAAAAUCGGAAACGGCGUCGCGCUUUUCACGCUGCCCAAAAAGAAGCAAGGCCUCUGGGAGCAGCUCAGUGCAAACAUCGAGAAAGACAAGCAGAGAGAGAUUCGAGAAGGAGCCAUCAUGAAAACCCAGAAUAAGGAGAAAGAGAAAGAGGACGCGAGAGCACGGAGGAUUCAGGAGGAGAGGAAUUUCACACUGCAGGCCAUGAUGAAGAUCGAGGACGAAGAGCGAACGAGAAUCCAGAGGAUGAAGGAUGAAGUGUGUGCGAAAGCCCUAAAGGACCUGGAGGUCUGGAAAGAGAAGCAGAGGGAAGCAGAAGAGGAAGAAGAGGCUCGACGAAGGCUACAGGAAGCAGCCGCACAGGAAACGAAGCAAGUUCGUGAGCACGGAAAGACUGAGAAGGUUAUAACACCUGCACGAAACCUGAGCAGAACUGAAGGUGAGACAAGCAGUGGGAAAAAGUCCAAACAGGCGGAUCUUCCUGCUCCGAGAUCAUCGGGCUGCAUUAAGUUCAGCUUCACUCCUCGCGUCUUCCCCACGCCCUUACGAGAGCCUUUGAUCCACGAGGAAGAAGAGUGGCUCAGGAAGCAGGCCGAGGCGAGACAGGCGGUGAAUGCAGAUCUCGCUGAGCUGGAUGAGCUGACAGAGAAGGAGAGAAACCCUGACUGGCUCAAGGAUAAAGGAGAUAAAUUCUUCACCAUUGGGAACUACCAGGCCGCGCUCAACGCCUACAGCCUGGCCAUCAAACUCAACCGGCGGAUUCCUGCGCUGUUCUCCAACCGAGCAGCCUGUCACCUGAAGCUCAGAAAUCUCCACAAAGCCAUCGAGGACUCUUCUCAGGCUCUGGAGCUGCUCACUCCAGCGGUCCCUGCUAAUGCUGCGGCCCGGAUCAAGGCCCACGUGAGGAGAGGAACAGCGUUCUGUCAGCUCGAGCUCUAUGUGGAAGGGCUUCAGGACUACCAGGCUGCUCUCAGGAUCGAUCCACACAACGAGGCUCUGCAGGCCGACACCCACAAGAUCCGGGAGAUCGUUCAGGGCAGCGGGCCUGGAUCAGAAUGACCGAGUGUCUGCGAGGGAAAAGGGAAACUUUAUUCUGAUGCUCACUGAGUCUUAAACACGACUGAUAUGUUGUUUGGUUUUGUAUAAAUAAUCCCAGCAGUGUUCUGGAUUUAAACCUGUGCCUGUUUAUUGCAUUUCAUUUCCUGUAAUUAUUAUUUUUUCCACAACACUCCAGUGCAGUUUGUGUCUCUCGGGAAUCGUAUCUGACCCUUACGGCCUCUGUAAUAUUAUACACCCUUUUAUUUAUAGGAAUCAUUUCAGCUGAGUCUGUGAUUAUCCACCGUAGUCCUGAAACGACUUUUUCAGAUCUCCCGCAGACUUUAUUUUAAACAGAUGGCAAUUAGUGGACGCAAAUGAUCCAAGUCUUGAGAAAAAAAGCAUUUCAUACAACUUCCCAUCCCCUCAUUACAGGUUAUAUAAUUACACACGCGGACAGCUGGAGUAAAUGAGCCAGUGGAGAUAUGAUUUUCUGUCUUUCAAAUAUAAAAUAUAUCACGAUAAGUAUUUUUAUUUUUUGCAUCUGUAUCAGAUUAUACAGAUAUUUGCUCUUAAUAAACAUCUUAAAGGAGA